CGGCGCGGCGCACCCCACAACAUCCCCAAACCAAGACCCGGUCAUGAAUGGGCGAACAGUUCCAGAGAUCGAUCGGGAGCCUGAAGAAGCAGUCUCUGCAGAAGGCGCCGCCGGCGGCGACACACGCCAGGGGCAGCGAGCAGACCGCAUACGGCGUCGCGGCAAAGUCACACGAUCCACAUCAAUCAGACGGGAAGGCAACGGAGGUCGCACCCAGACGCACGCACGAGGAGAUCGAGGAAGAAGGCAGCGCUCAGACGCCCCCAAGUCAAGGCGAACAGGUCCAAGACUCCAUCGAUCGAUCGAGGGCCAGACGCAGGGCAGCGCAGAGAGUGAGCCUAAGUCGGCGGCAACGGGACUAACAGGGAUCCAGAAGGCUAGACGCACGACCGUGCUAUACGCGCUCAAGCCUCAAGACGACGUACAGGAGGACCACGAGGGCUGCGACGGGCGCGCCCAUGGCGGCAGCACACCACUUGUGCACCCAGGCACAGCCGCCCAGGACGGCGAAGACCUGCACGGCAGCACAGCGGCGCCUUACACGUACGAAGAAUCUACAUGCAGGGCAGCGGGCCGGGCGCGCCCAAGACGGCGGCGCACGCCGCGCACAAGGUCAUGUAGGAGAUCGCCAUGCAUAUCACAUAAGAUCUUCUUUCUACUCGUUUACAUCCAGAUGCAGGUCAGGGUGAACAGGAGAAGAUCCCGAGGUAGGACGCAGGUGCGGCGCCCACGUGCCCAAAGAUGGCCGGCGGCGCACGCCGUACAUAAGGAUGGGUUCAUUGAGGUGUACAUGACCAAGAGGGAGGUCAGCGAGACGCCGCGUCCAAAGCAUGGCGUCAAGCAAUGCAUGCAUAACAAGAGUACAGGUGUCCUUGGACAUCAAGGACAGCGGCCGGCCACGUGCUCGUCCAAGGGGGACGCUGUACAGGGAGAUGAGUUCUUCUUUUAUGAUGGCCGUGCGCCAUGUUACGGCGCCCGCUUAGUGCGGGACGCCGUCUUGUCAAUAAUCAGCACACGUCCGUCCAUGCCGUUGGUGCGCUCGUGGGCGAUGUCUACAUAUUGCACGCCCUAGGCCGGGCGUUCUUCAUCAACAAAUGCCAUCAUCAAGGCAUGGUAGCCAUGCCCGUGUGGUGUCCACUGAGACACCG